CAACAUCUGAAAGCAGUGAACCAGGAAGAACCUGGACUCUCUGCUGUCAGAAGACUUGCAUGUUCAGACCUGCUGCUGGAUCUCAGCACAAGAUCACUGCUGCACCUCUGAGCAUAGGGAUCAGGACUCUGCUGGUCUGGACUCAAGGUUGUGGAUCAGGACUCUGCUGGUCUUGACUCAGACUGAGAUGAAUUCUUUAAACUUUAAAAGUGUGACGGUGAUUGUGCUGUUAGGUCUGCUGCUGGGAGUGAUGUACACCUACAAGACCUACAGGGUGUGUGAUCCAUGUGAGCUGACUGUCAGAUCUGCUGUGACCAUCAUCACUCAGGAGGUUCACCCGGUGUCUCCUGACCAUUUAAAAUACAAACAACCGAGCAUUAUCAACGGACGUAAGGACGUGGUGACGGUGACGCCCUGGUUGUCUCCUGUGGUCUGGGAGGGAACCUUUGACCCAGAUCUCCUCAACCCCAUUUACAAAGCCCAGAAUCUUAGCAUUGCAGCCUCCGUGUUCGCUGUGGGAAAGUACAUUAAGUUCCUGAGAGACUUCCUGGAGACAGCAGAGCUGCACUUCUUCGUUGGUUUUAAUGUGCACAUUUAUGUCUUCACUGACCAGCCAAAGGUUGUGCCCCAAGUUAAGAUGGCUGCCGGCAGACAGCUGUCGGUGCGUUCGGUGCCCAGCGCCAAACGCUGGCAGGAAAUCUCCGCUCGCAGGAUGGAGCUGAUCCAGGAGCUGAUAGAGGCGGAGCUUCAUGGCAGCAAUGACUACAUCUUCUGUCUGGAUGUGGACUCCAAGUUCCACGGCCACUGGGGGGUGGAGUCAUUGGGUGGACUGGUCGCUGUGAUCCAUCCAGGUUACUACAAAGACGACCGCAGUGUGUUCCCCUACGAGCGCCGGCCUUUGUCCACAGCCUACAUCGCUCCCGGGGAAGGAGACUUCUACUACUGUGGUGGAGCGUUUGGAGGCCAUGUUGGUGAAGUGCAGCAACUCGCCAAAACCUGCCGCCAAAACUUCAGGGACGAUGCGGAAAGAGGGAUCGAGGCCGCCUGGCAGGAGGAGAGUCACCUUAACAGGUACAUGUGGAUCAACAAGCCCAGUAAGAUUCUGUCUCCUGAGUAUCUGUGGCAGGACUUCAAAUCCAGAGAACCUGAAAUUCACAUCAUCAGGUUCUCUGGAGUGGUCAAGAACUACGCUGAAAUCCGUCCCAACGUCUGAGAGACCAGGAACCAUCCGCCCCAACAUCUGAGAGACCAGGAACCAUCCGCCCCAACGUAUUAAAGACCAGGAACCAUCCGCCCCAACGUCCGAGAGACCAGGAACCAUCUCAGUCCACACACCCGAGGAACUGCUCUCAAACACUUGGCAACAAAACCUUGACCUGGCUUGUGGUGUCCUUCGGUCAGCUGGUCCCAGGUCCUUGUGUGACAUUCACUGUGGCUAUCGUACAGCUGUUGACCGAACACUGCGCACAUUUUCCGUUUUUCACGAUGUUGUGUUAGGAAGGCCGAGAGAUCGGUGGUUAGCUGUUGGUUAGCUUUAGCAUGAGUCCCAGGUGAGUCACAUGAUGUCCCUCUACCUUUAAAGUGCACUGAUUUUUAAAAGUUUUACUCGUAUUUUACGAUGAUUGUAUCGUUCAGGCGUCACAGCGCCCUACAGAGGUACUGAUGUUUGUGUUAUUUAAUUUGUUUGACAUGUUUUUGAGUCUGUUACUUUCAAUCAUUGUUUUUUUUAUGACUUUUUAAAGAGAAACUAAAGACAAAGUAAACACUG